UAUAUAAGUUGGCUCAAGUGAAUUACCUUAAUGAACAUGGUUUUCAUGGGAAUUCCUACAAUUUCAAAGCCUACCAAAUGGUUUUCCAACAAGGGUUUAAGCUUAAAUUUCCCUCCCUUUCUCUCAAAAUCCAAGUCCUCAACCUCGUUACCGUUGUCACCGCCGGCUGUCCCUCUACCGCCACUAAAUAAAACAACUAAAAAAGAAGAGCUUCGACAAGUUUUCCAUCGUUUCGACCACGACGGGGAUGGGAAAAUUUCGAGUGAGGAACUCAGUGCUUACUUUGCUUCUAUAGGAGACAACGUGUCAAGCAACGUGGUACGAAGGGUCAUUAAAGAUUUCGAUAACGACGGAGAUGAACUGUUGGGGUUUGAGGACUUCGUAGAGUUGAUGGAAGGAGGUGACGAUGGCGAUGAUAUUAAGGGGGCGUUCGAGAUGUACGAAGGGGACAAAGGGUGUGGGUGCAUAACUCCGGUGGGGUUGCAACAAAUGCUUGGUAGAUUAGGGGAUGUGAGAUCAUAUGAAGAGUGUAAGGCCAUGAUUGGGGUGUUUGAUCUUGAUGGUAAUGGAGUGCUUGAUUUCAAUGAAUUUCAACAUAUGAUGAAAGGUGUUGAAGCAAAUAGAAAUGAAAUAGUAAGUGUAAAGUAGAGUUGCAUAAGCUGGGAUAAAAGAUUUGUGUUGAUUUUGUGUUUGAAAAUCAUCGUUGGGGCAACUCAUUUCCCUUCUUCGGCUAGCGAUAAAUAAUUUGUGUUGAUUUCGAUUGUUUAUCGUAUAAAUUUUCUUUAUGAAAAAAAAAAUACAUCUAUACGACCAACUAUCAACAAGAAAUAUAGAUUGAUUCUUAACUCAAUGGAUAUCAUUGUUGUUGCAACAA